AGGAGUUAUCGUUCUCUCUCAACUUUGAUGGCCACGGAUAUCCCACAAAAGCUCAACCAAUACAGGCAAAAGAUUUCCAUAGCAAUCGUAGCUUCAGUGAUUAUUGGGUUGUUAGGGUAUGUAGCCCCUCGUGCGGUGGAUGUUUUGACUUACUUUUGGCCUCUUUUGGCUUCGACUGCAGUAUUAUUGGUGGUGACGGUUGGCUUUGGUGGUCUCUCACAGCUUGCAACUGAAGCGCAGGGUGAAAAGGUCGGUGUGGGACUCCUGAUGGACUACGUUGCAGCUUCCCGGACAGGGCACAUCGCAGAGCUUCAGUAGAAAAAUGGGUUGUAUUUUUCUUACUCAUCUUUUAAAACAUGAAAGUUAAUCCUGAAUAUAUAAUAAUAGUAAUUGCGGGGACUCUGUUCAUUUCAUAUAAUCCCACUUUUUCAUGUUGCACGUACCAAUUACAAGAGAUAUGAUCAGCAAUUUAAUUUCUACUCUGUUAUUCUGUUAAUAUUGGAUCCCAGAUUUAAAUAAAAGACAGACAGCCAUUAAUUCUUUGGCCAUGGUUAUGGUUAUUAUUACUUUUGUUUGGAUUAAUAAAGUUGUUAAAUUUCU